UUAUUUUCUGUCUUCUGUCAACGCAUUGGUAAAAACAAAAAACAAACCUAAAGCCAGAACAUAUUAUGAGUAGCCUAGUCUAUAGAAGUAGGCUAUUCAACAAACAAUAAUUUUAAUAUAACCUAGAUGUAUGGAUGUCCAUUAUGAGCAAGCUAUUUAGUUUUUAGAUCAAAACUUAGCCUCUAGGCCUAGUACAUACCGCUUAACACCAUUACAAUUACGAUUUAAGCUUGGCUAACUGUCCACACCACUUUUUUGGCAAUUAUUUAUUCAGCCUAAGCAUAGUACCGAAUUCAUAGCCCUGUACCAGAAUUCCAACGUUUCACUAACAAAACAAAAUCACUACAUUUCCCAGCAUGCAAGCAAACGAAAGGGGAAGUGUCGUUACAGAGGUACUUAAAUAAAGGGGCAGAUGCUCAAGCCGUUAAAAUAGACCAGUGCGGGAGGGUGAACCUGCAGCGGCCUCGAUGGGACGAGCGCACAGAAACGACUGUCUUUCCUGGAAUUGUGACUAAAAUAUAUCCUGUAGCCUACUGCUGGAAUCGAAGAGUAUUCGUGUCGGAUUAUAGGCAAUUCAAACGAAGUUUUGAUUAUUUCUUACAAGAAAAGGACAAUAUCCAGAUGGAGGAAGCAAAGUUGACCUGGUUACCUUUGGAUGUCACGCUGUUCUUUCUGAACCUCGAUGAACUAAACCUAUGUUCAAAUGAUACCUCUUCAAGACCUUGACAUUCUCUCACAGCAAUACAAGGGAAGGAACCGACGUAAAAGAUAACGGUAUACCAUUCGGACCACGCGAGCAGGCGCGCAAGACAGACCAAGGAACUACCCAAGAAACAAUUUAUUCAGAUUUAAAACAUCUAAAAGUAUUUAAGGCCAGUUUUCUUUAAAUUGUAAUGCUUUAAUCCACGCUACACCGUUUCAUCAUACAUUGGGGGAGUCUAGAACGUCUUUACGUUGACUUAUGAGCUGGGCAGUAAUAGGAUAUUCUUCCCAUUAAACGCCACCCUGAAUUAUUUAAUUUGUUUCAGCCAGGUUUGGCAAGUUUAUAGCCAAUUAAGGCUAAUUGAACUUUAAUUCUCAAGAAUGUAUUCUAUUUAUAAAUAAUUAUACGGUCAAUGAAUUAAAGUCUAAUUUGCAUUUGAUGCAAAUAGUUUCUUCCUGCAUAAUUAAGACAUUACUUAACGCAGGUUCCUGACUAGUCUCCCCUAUUCACACAAAAAACAUAAUCUUGAAAAAGAAAUGUUAGUUAGCCUACUGCAACCGAGAAACAUUUGAUUUCACGCACAACAGGAAACGCAAGUUUAACCACACUAAACAUGGAGAAGCACAUCUAUAGGCGCUAAGAUAGUCCAAUAUGACGUCGAAGUGUUACGUUAGCAGUUUUUGUAAAUUAUGUUUAGGUCACAAUUGUGUUUUGUCACAAAGUGAGAGCGAGCCAUAAGGUGAAUCUCCAGUGGUCUGUUGUCUUUUUGCACUGCCCAACCCUCAAGACAAGGAACACAAAGUUGCAUCUUCACUUUUAGGGGAAGUGUUUUGCUUGUCCAUCAAAAGAAGAAAGCAUGCGUCUGUGAAUUUUGCCACAUUAUUGAGUUGCAAGAUGAAUAGCUUUAAACAAUGAAAUCUUCCGCAAACAAAUAGCCUACGUAGGACUUUUUCAUUUUCGGUGGCUUUUUUGACUAUUUGAAAUGUGGAUGCAAUUGUGGUGAAUUUGCUACUGUUUCCAUGCGUCUUUCUUCUCCAGACCUCUGGACGUUGUUGUGGAUUGUGUUGAUAUUUAAUGAAAUGGGCUGUAUCCACAGUAUUAGGUGUAAGCCAAAGAGUUUCCGUGAAAGUAUCAUAGUUCUGGAGGUGAACUCCUCCAUUGACUCCAACCCUACCAGCAUCGACGAGUCAUCCAGCGUGGUUCUGCGCUAUAGGACACCGCACUUCCGAGCCUCUGCUCGAGUUCUGGUGCCACCUGUAGCCGGGAAAGAGACGUGGACCGUUGGCUGGAUUCAAGCAUGCAAUCACAUGGAGUUCUACAACAAAUAUGGAACCAAAGGGAUGUCCAGUUGGGAGCUGCCUGACCUGCGUGAUGGCAAGAUUCAGGCCAUCAGUGACUCGGACGGUGUCAACUACCCUUGGUAUGGCAACACCACUGAGACCUGCACCGUGGUGGGUCCUACCAAGAAGGAUACCAGGUUCACCGUCAGCAUGAAUGACAAUUUCUACCCCAGUGUGACAUGGGGCGUGCCAGUGUCAGACAGCAACAUACCCCAGCUCAGCAGCAUUCGCCGUGACCAAAGCUUUUCUACCUGGCUUGUGGCCAUCAACCAGGCUACGGCCGAGACUCUGGUGCUGCAGACCAUCCGCUGGAGGAUGCAGCUUCAUAUCGAGGUGGACCCAGACAGGCCCCUGGGCCAGAGGGCCACCCUAAAGGAACCUGUGGCCCAGGAGCAGCCCCAUGUCCUGGUCAAGAAUGAGUCCAUCCCCCCCAACGCCAUGGUCAAACCUAACGCCAACGACGCUCAGGUGCUAAUGUGGCGGCCAAAGAGCGGUGAUCCCAUUGUGGUGAUCCCGCCAAAGUACUGACUAGAAUGGCAGCUGAAAUGAAUAAGUGAUGGAUAUUGACAGUAUCUACGGGAAGCAUUGAUAAGAUCAGCCUUGCUUUCGUCGUUAGUUUACUUUUAUCUCUCUCAUCCUUCUGCUCUUUGCCUCUAUAUGCCUUCCCGUUACGUUCCCCUCGUCUUUUACUUAAUAAUUGAGAGAAACAAGGAGGGAGAGAAAAAGUGAAACAAGGACAAAAAAGAGGACAUUUGUUGCCUAUAUGUAGAGCUGGAACAUACUUAUAAAAACUUGAGUGAACAAACUGCAACCAUUCUACCUUUGAAACUGGGUCGGGCUUCACUGUGCUAAAUUAAUCAUUGCUAAAACAACAAAAGACAGAAACUCUUUUAGGGUUUAUUUUGGGAGUCAGAAGUUAGGGGCCGGGGUGGGCUGGGGAGUGUGUGUGGGUUGAAAAAGAUUGUCCAUGGUUAUGUACAUGUUCCAUACAUGUACAUGUUCCAUACAUGUAUAAAUAUAUGCACUUUGUGUUUUUUGCAUUGACCUGUUAUAUUUUUAUGUAAUGGUUGGGAUUUAUUCUUGUUUGUGAAUAAGCCGAAAAGGCAUUGAGGAGACAAAUGUAGUUGGUACUACUUUUUAAACAUGAAAGACAUUCAAUCCAUGCUGCCUUAAGUUUACAUCGUUUUCCAUGGCAAACUUUUAGCCUUAAACCACGUUCAAUGCAGUAUUUGCUCAUUGUCCCCUUAUCUUCCAAAUAGUUGGUGCUGGUGUGUGUGGGGUUUGGAAUUAUGGCACAGAACCAGAGGCCAAAGGAACCCAAAUGGUUCAUCCGCAUUUUGUAAACCAACCUUCCCUAUCGCAAAUGUUCCUUCAAAAAGAUAACAUUUUGGUCACAUCAGGUCAAUUAUCAAUAUAAUACAUAGAUAAUGCUUGAUCAAAUAUUUUGUGAUAUCAACAUCAACAUUUGUGCUACAAUAUCCUCUAUACCCCUGCUGACUACCUACUUACAUUCAUUGUUAUAGAGAUUGUCCACAAUCUCAAUUUAAGAGAACCCCACACUCCCUUUCAUUGGCCCUUGUCACUAUAAGUGUCUUUCACACACUUCUUCUUCCCUACCUCCCUCCAUCUCUCCUCUCUGCAACUGUCAGAACAGAGUGCCCACAAGCAGAUAGGCAAUACUAUUAUCAAUAAGCAAUCAAAAUGUGCAGCAGAUAGGGGAAAUAGAAACAUGAUGAAGGUGGUGAUUAUAGAGGGCUGAUCAGAAAAAACUCCUGUGAUAAAAUUUGGAGAUAAAUCAUCAGAAUUUUACUGCACUUGUGUGUGUGUACAUGAGAAGCCACUUAUGACAGGAAUGUGGAAAGAGGUUGGUGCAUAGUGUGAAUAUGACUGUGUCCACACUUCAGUCAUCUUUACUUUCUCUGUUUCCACAUCUCCAAAUGGCCUUUUGUCCUUUCUCACUUACCGUAUCUGUUCAAUGCUCUCUCAUUCCACCUUCUUUUCAAUUUCCUUUUCCUUGCUUCCAUCAUUCUCUUCUCUAUACUCUCUUAACAACCCCCUCUCUUUUCCUUUAUCCUCCAUUUUUUUCAUAGUGCAGGAGGAAGGGCAGAGCAGUAAGCAUGCUUGAUUGGCAUAUAGAUGACCCACUUCUUUAGGUUGGCUCCCUGCAGAAAUGUUGUACUCCCUUCCCCCCAUCCAUUCAUUUGUCAUGGGCUAAAACACACACACCAAAUACAGUUGUGAUGCAAAACACCUUCAUAACCAAUGCAAUAAUGCCCGGUCGACUUGUUUGUUAAUCCAUGGGCAGAGUUUUUGCCUGAGCUGAAAUCUCUGACACAUGUAGGGGGAGGGGAGAGGGGGUAGAAAGUGUGUGCGUGUGUGUGUGUAUGUGUGAGUGGUGAAGGGGGUUUGAAAAUAGCAUCAGGGCUUUUUUAUCUUCUUACAACAUCAUCCUCCUUAUCAGUAGAAGCAUUGGAAGCUAAAUCUGGAACUUGCAAUUUUGGGGGGGGUGUGGCUAAAGCUACCAUUAUGAAGCAGAUUAGAUUGCUAUGUCAGCUGCAAACCAGUUUGUGAUAUUGUUUGAUAGGGUCUGGUAGUUGCUGAGAUUCAGGAUGCUGUGCCCAAAAAUUGCUCCUUGCAAAACAAAUAUACCAAUGUGGUCAACAAGGUUUAGUUAGCUGUAAUAUGUGGUUAUUUCAGAGUGAAGAGUCCAUUAGUAAAAUUCCGGGUGGAAGGUGGGGUGAUAUGUGACUGACAAGAGCUUGAUGGUGGUUGCAAAUCAUCACCAAAGCAUGAGUACAUUUCAUACCAUAACCUGAUGGCUUGGACAUGUCUUGGCUUGAUGUCACAGUCUGUAGCCAAUGGCGUGGCCUGAGGUAACUGACAAUUUGCUUGGUAGCAUGGUAUUGGUUGAACAUUUUGACAACAAGUGUGCCAUUUUAGUUUUGGAUCAGAGGCCUUGACAUUCUGAUCAUGUGAGAGCGCCUGACUAAAUCCCUCAGCUUGUCCCUGCCAAAACAGAUUAUGUAUUCCAUGUUAUAUUAUGUGUGUGUACCAUGUAAUAACCCUUGACAUGUGGAGUUGCCCUGACUGACGCUGUAUGAGUAUGUGUGAACAAUCUAAUUUUAUGACAUGAGCAAGGGGAUUUUAUUUAUCAGGUGCUGUAGUUUAACUACUCUUCUCUCUUAUGCUGACAUGUUUAGACACAUGUGCAUAGUUGUGUGGUCUUGCACAAACACAUGCAUGUCACAAGACAGUAAACAGAGGGCCCAAGGAGAAGCUUAGCUUACCAUAGUAUCUGAUGGUCACAGAAACAUCCUGACAGCGAGUGUGAAUGUUGUUUUGCAACACAGACACACUGUCAUAAAGAGAGCUGUUAAAGUGUGUCAGAUGUUGAUUAUUAUGUAAUUCACAAGUGCGUGCCCUAUUAUGAUCAUGUUCUAAUCGAGAAUGCCUUGGAAGGGUCCUCAUUGGCCCUGGUAAACUUUUUGGCACAAAUCACAUAGUUAUACUUUACGUAAGAUCACAUUGUCAUGGGCAUUAUUACAUAUAGUUUAAUAUAUGUAGCCCUUACACGCUUACAGUGUCACAAACAUACUAUGUCAGAGAACCAAGUAAGCACUCUAUUUUUUUGAGUACAAUUAACCAAACCUUCCCAAACCCACAAUGCAUAGUUCUGUUUCUAUGUUUCUAUGGAUCUCUAUGUAGACAUCCUCUAAAAUAGCCUAAGGGAACCCAAUACACCAGCACUCAAGGUCACCCUUUUGGUUAGAUGAACAACAGACCAAGGCUAACUCUCAGGACUGUCCACCAUUGUUCUAUAGCCUUUGUUAUGGGUUGUAUUCCUUGUGGACUAAAGAUUAGAUUUGAUACUUCAUCUGUCAAUCCAUUUGGCUGUCAUCUCGUAGUUUUCAGUAUAUUAGUCAUGUUGUGAGCAGAAGACAGGACGAAAUAGAAUACCGGUAGUUUUGCGUUGACAUUGAUACUUGAAAAGAUUUAACAGUAUUGGUUAAUUAAAAACUGUGAAAAUAUAUGUAAAAAUACAGAUAAACCUUGCAACCUCCACAUCAUUUUAUCACUUAUGCACAUCAUAAAUGCAAUUUCGCAUUAUUUAUAGAAAUUGGCAAUACAUUUCAUGCAAAUGCUUAUGUAGCCUACAAUUGUCUGCUGUUUCUUGUUAUCAAUUUAUUAUGUCAUGUUAAUCAAAAUGUAUUAUGUUGGUUCUAUGUUAAAUUACCUUACCCCCACAAACAUCUGGACAUUUAGUUCACUGUAUAGUCAUUACAUGCACAAUGGUUGAGCCAGUUGUCAUAAUUGACAACCGAUUGACAAUAAGACAACCAAUUGACCAAUUGACAAUAAGACACAACCCACCGAGGAGCAGUAAAAAAUCAAAUUUUAAAAGUAUCCACUUUCAAUAUUGUCUUUCUUUUAGUUACCGAGUCAGCAUUUCAUCCAUAAAGACAACCCCGUUAGAUCAGUUCUUCAAGUGCUUAGUGUAGCUCAGCUACACAAUGUGUAGCCUAUAGUGCUGCUCAAUGCUAUGUAUAGUGCCAGCUCUGAAAGAGACAAAUUACAUUAUUUAGUCAUUUCAUGCACAAUGGUUGAGCCAGCUGUCAUAAUUGUAGGCCUAAUUCACCAUACAGUGCAUACAAUUCUGUUUAAGGGGUGUUUGCAAUGUUUACAUGAACAUUUGUAUUUUUUCCUAUGUGCUAUGCAGUGCUGUAAAAUAGUCUUGUAUUUUCUGCAUCGCAUUGACAUAAGACACCUACAACCAACCGAGGAGGCUAAAUUCGUAAGAACAUUAUUCUUGUUUUAAUACCCGUUUGCAUAUCCAUGCCUCAAUAAAACAACUAAGGAGCAGGCCCAAAUCAACAAGUUACAGACCCCAUGCGGUAUACAACCAGUGAUUAAGAUGUUGUUUAGUUGAUUCGGUGGCACAUAGAGAUUCCUGAAAUUAUAGUGCAGUGCCCAACCCAGUGAUGCAGAUGGUGAUUAUAAUGUUGGUGAGUUGAUUUGGUGUUAGCUUAAUUGGAGAUUGCAAUGUGCAGGCUGAAUAUAUUAAUCAGUAAACGCAUUAAUUCAUAUAAAUAAAUUCACUGAUCUAUACUGAAAUAAAAUAUCCACUUUACAUUUACA